AUUCAGAAAGUUAGAGUUUGGGACUCGGCUCGGCACUCUCUACACUCUACAGCACUCUACAGUCUUUGCGUUGCUUUACGUUGCUUUACGUCUUUACUGCUCUUUACACUGUUUGGAUUUUAGCAUCCCUUACGUUUUCUCAUAAAAAUCCGUUUAUAUUCUUUCAAUCAUUAUGGCAGAGGAAUAUCUUUAUGGAAUAACUCUUCAAGGAGCCAAUGCCAGCGAAGUUUGGGAUCCUGAGCAUAAAAAUGAUGAUGCGGAUGGUGGUAAUCAGCACUUUGGAGUUGACCAAAAACUCAUUAUCAAAAUGGCUUUGUUGGGACCAGAAGCUAAGGUUGGUGAACUAAAUGUUCUUCAAGUUGAAGCUAUGGGAUUGAAGGGAUUAAUAAAAACGCCGAUUGCUUUACUGGAAAGAGGAAAAACCGAACAAAUUAUUUUGGACCUCAGUUUUCCCGAUCCACCAGUGACAUUUUCUUUAGUCAAAGGUAGUGGACCUAUUCACAUAGUAGGACACAAUUUAUUGGGAACACAUAUGGAAGAAUUUGACGACUUGGAGGAAGAGAUGGACGAGGAAAAUAUGGAAGACGAUGAUGAGGAAAAGGCAUCACAAAAGAAACGAAAGCAAACCGCGGAUGGUAAAAAAAAUGGCACCAAACGCGCCAAGAUGGAUGAAGCAAUAGACAAGUAAAACGUAUAGUCAAGACACCGAAGUUGACGAGGACGAGGAUGAAGAGCCUAAAAAGAAGAAUGCCAAAAUGACAGCUGCGACUAAAACAAAAAAUCAAGCCAACAAAAACAAGAAAAAAUAAAUAUUAAUUAAAUUUCAACAUCAUUUAUUCAUCUUUGUCUCCCGUAAGAAAAUAUAAUAAAAAUACACAAAACAUACAUACAUACAUACAUUUUCAUUUUCUUAUACAUAUACAAAUACGCAUUGACAUGAAUCAACAUAUAUUCUUUUAGACUAGGCAUAUUGUAAUUUAAAUCCAUUUAAUAAUUAUACAUAUUGUCAUCUGCAUUUGCAUUUGCAUUUGCGCGCGCACCAACUGUUUUAUUUUUUAUAAAUAUUAUUAUCAUUGUCAUUAUCAUUAUCAUUAUCAUCAACAUCAACAUCAACAAUGAUUAUACGCAUCCACGUAUUUCACUACUAAAUAAAUAGUCGCCAACUUUUAAAUGUAAUUUAUGAUAACAAUAAACAAGUUCAUCAGUCA